CAUCUCAAGAGUUGUGCGAAUAGCUAUACACACUGAAAAUGUCAAAAAAUACGCCUAAGGAACACGCAGGUACCACAGGGAGCGACAGUGAAGAAGAGGAUGUUUUUCAUGAUGCUAGAUUUCCCGCCGAAGAAGAAGCUCAACUCCUGGAGGAAUCUCAGUCUAUAAAAGCCGAAGCUAAUAAGCUAUUUACCGCGGCUUGCUACGACCAAGCCAUAUCCUGCUACGAUCGUGCCCUUGCCUCGUGUCCGAAUUACCUCGAUUACGAAGUCGCCGUGCUACGGAGUAAUAUGGCUGCGUGCUACCUAAAGCUCGAAGACUGGAAAGCCUCUGUCGAUUCAGCGACGGCAUGUCUCGACUGUCUAGAGAAAGUAAUCCCGUCAGCAAAUGAGAAUUCAGACGCCCCACAAGAAAAGCAGCAAGAGUCGGGCUCGACGGAUGCCGUGGUGGAGAUAACUGGUGAUGAUGAAGAAGCAGAACAAGAAGAGCUCAAGCGGUUGCAGAAGGUUGACGAGAGGAAAAAUGACGUUAUGCGGAUUCGGGCAAAGGCACUUAUGCGACGCGCACGAGCAAAGUCACAGCUUAGCGGAUGGGGGAACCUGCAAGGGGCCGAAGAAGACUACAAGUUGCUUGCCAGUAUGGACAAUCUACCGCCCGACGAUAGGCGCAUCGUGCAAAAGGCUCUCCGGGAGCUUCCGGAUAAGAUAGCCAAGGCAAGAGAAAAAGAAAUGGCGGAGAUGAUGGGCAAAUUGAAAGACCUGGGCAAUGGAAUCCUCAAACCAUUUGGGCUUUCAACUGAUAAUUUCAAAUUCACCCAAGACCCGAAGACGGGCGGAUAUAGCAUGAACUUUCAGUCCUAGACUAGCGUCUCAUCCCUGCAUCCCGUCCCAGUAUUCUUUAAGCGUUUUGCAUUGCACAAGGCGUUCUUUUCUGCAGAAUUGUUAGCAGCACCGAGGGAAUUAGAGGAUGAGUCUUGUUGAAUUGUCCAAUAGUCUUGUCUACGUCAUGGUGAACUUUGCCCCCUUUUCCUUCUCUUUUUUGAAGUAUUCUAUAUAAUUCAUCCUUCACGGUGAGCGUCAUUCAUGGUCGGCCUGGCGCCACAAGCGGAUGAUGCAUCUCUACAGGGAAUGCUGGAAUCCGAACUCCAAUAUCAAAUUUCACUCUCGAAUUUGAUUUCAUGGCAGGUCACAAGGUAUAGGUAUAGGUGACAAACGCCAUUGUCAUCCUACCGUCCCCUGAGGACUUACGGCCGAAAGUCCAUCCGAGAGGUUUUACUGCGAUACCCACGCUUGUGAAUUAUCCACUGUAGGGGCGUCACUUACAAGGAAGAUGGGGUGCCUUCCAAUUUGUUGGAUCUCUUCUCCAGCAAAGGUCAACUAACCUACCUGGCGAAUUAGCAGAUAAUGCAAUAUCAGCAAAGCCUGCGCUUUGACAUUUUGCAGUCUGGAUGCUGGGAGUCAACGAGUGACUGAAAUAAAUGGAUACAUACGACCGUUCUAUACCUUCGGUUGAUUCUUUGUAAUGCGUGACUCCUUUAGCUUUGCGGCCAAGGCAA